UUUCAAUCUUUAUUAUUCUUACGUCUAUGUUCUUUAUACUAUCGGAGAUCUCCGAUCGGUACGAAAGAAAUAAUUAGCACAUGUUGUUCAAUUCAAAAAGAGAAUAGGAACAGAAAUCGAAAGAUAAGGAAAAGAAAAAGUUAAUAAAUGAAUGCAGACAAACGGUGCAAUGAAUACACGAAAGAGAAGUAACAGAUAUGUCGCGAAUCGCCACGACUCUAAAAAGCGUAAACAAUUUGUCUUGGAAUCCGGGAUGACGGGUUUUCUAUGCACGUGCAACUUUCACGAGAGAGGCUGUAUUACCGAUGCCUACAACUUACUCAAUUUAUUUGCAGAUGAGAAAUCUGCGUCAGACAUAAAUAUGAAAUCUGAAACAUCAAGCGCGACAAACACAGCCGUUGAAAAGAAAGCUGAUAAAUCAUUGGAGGAUGCUGACGAUGAUGAGGACAUAUCGACUGCUCUAGAGAAAGAAAUCAAUGAACUCAGAACGGAACGUGAGAUGCCAUUGCCUUCUCGAAGAUUUCAGGUAGUGGACACAGGUGUAAAAAAUAUGAUUUUUAUAGCAAGUACACUCCCAAAUCCAUUAGAAUUGGUUACCAAAAUUGUCUCCAAGUUGGACACGACCAAAGAGCAAUGUACCAGAUACUUGUUGAGAUUACUUCCAAUUGAAGUUGUAUGCAAAGCAUACAUGGACACUAUAAAGGCAAAAGCGAGUGAAUUGUUUGAGAGGUAUUUUGCCCAGGAGCCUAAAACGUUCAGCAUUGUGUUUAACCGUCGCAGCAAUAACAGCAUUAAAAGAAAUGAAAUUAUUGAGGACUUGGCAGAAAUUAUAAUGAAAAAAAAUCCAGGUAAUAAGGCAGACUUAAAAAAUCCAGACAUAGCUGUGAUUGUUGAAGUGAUACGUGGCAUUUGUUUACUCUCUAUCGCUCCCAAUUACUAUAAAUUUAAAAAGUACAAUCUUCUCGAAAUAUGCAAUAGUACAAGGAAUAAGAUAAUUCCGAAGGAAGAAGCAGAAGAGUCGGCAAAUGAAGAGAGUCAUGAAGAUGACUCGAGUACAGUUCCGUCAAAUACAUCAAGUGCAGAAGCAGAAGGAAAGUAUAACGAAAUAAAUAAUAAAAAUUUAGAUACACAAAUCGAAGAGAGAGAGAACAAGUCAGCUUAGCUCGCUACUUCAGCUAGACAGAUUUGUUUGUAAUAUAUGUCUAAGAUGUUUAUACAUAAUGGCUAUUUUAUAAAGAUACGUAAAUUAUAAAUAAGUGUCACGAAUAAAUAAAGCGUAUAAAUGGUGUCAACUAA